ACUGUGACACUCCUGCUCCUCCUCAGGUUUGAACACUGUAAACCAACAAAGAACGAGGAGCCGCCAACCCCCCAGACGCUGCCGCUGCCCUCCGUCUCGCUGGUUGGCCCGUCCGAUCCAGAACCCAGUGGGCCAACACCUGGCCCAGGGGCCCCAGACUGGGUCAAUGCUGCCGAGUUUGUUCCGGGACAGCCAUACUGUGGACGGGCUGAGCCAGUGAAGGUGGAGAGCUCUGUCCCCCUCAUUGAGGAGUUUGACAGUGACGCAGCACCGGAUAACAAAGAGCUAAGGAAACAGCUCUGUCCGUAUGCCGCGGUCGGAGAGUGUCGCUACGGAAUCAACUGUGCCUAUCUCCACGGCGACGUGUGUGACAUGUGCGGCCUCCAGGUGCUCCACCCCACUGACAACAACCAGCGCUCAGACCACACUAAGGCAUGCAUCGAAGCCCACGAGAAAGACAUGGAGAUUUCAUUCGCCAUCCAACGCAGUAAGGACAUGAUGUGCGGCGUGUGUAUGGAAGUGGUGUUCGAGAAGGCCAACCCGAGCGAGCGCCGUUUCGGCAUCCUCUCCAACUGCAGCCACUGCUACUGUCUAAAGUGCAUCCGCAAGUGGAGGAGUGCCAAGCAGUUUGAGAGCAAAAUCAUCAAGUGAGUCACUUAUUGCAUU